AUGCCAGCCGAGAGCAUCGCCGCAUUGAAUGCGCGUGCCACGCUUCAGUGCGAUUCCUCGCCACUGCCGAGUGAACUUAGACCGGAAGAGAUCCGUCAGGGCAAUAUCGGCGACUGCUGGCUACUGAGCGCCAUUGCAGCGCUUGGAGCGCACGACCCCCGUGCCAUCCGGCACCUGUUCCGCGACGAGGGUUCCUGCUGCACCGUUCGCCUCUUCGAUUUGCACGACUGGAGCCCCCGGGAGGUCAGCAACGUUGGGGCGUCGGCACCGUCGGACAGCCUCACACCCAUCGUCUGCGCUGCACCCCGGUGGGUCGCGCUGCUCGAGCAGGCGGUCGCGAUCCACUGCGGUGGGUACGCAAUGCUCAAUGGCGGUCAACCGCCUCGUGCUUGGGCCAUACUGACGGGCUACAAGCCCCAGUACACGAUUAAGCUUGACCCUGCGACCAAACGCUAUCAGAUCGGUGGUUGGCUCAAUCCAAAUCAGAGCGGGAGCUGGGAGGCGCCUGGAAACUCGGCGCACUCGACCGGCUUUCGUGGGCUGUGGCCAAUGGAAUGGCCCGAGGUUGGCGGUGGAGCGAGCGACGAGGGUCCGCAUGCCUUCACGGUGCUGCGCGUUUGCGGCGCAGAGGACGGUGGCUGGGUUCAACUUUUUGACCCGCUGGGUACGACGCUGAACGGGCUGGAUGGGAAGGGUUACGGCAAGUUCUGGCUCGCAAGCAACACCUUCUUCGCUAAGUACAGAUCAAUCUACCUCUGUGCAGGGGUUUAUGGCCGAGACUUCGGCAUCUCGAGAGAGCCAACGCCCGCCGCCCCUGAUGAUAGGUCGUUGUAG